AUGGGUUCCCUUGUAAUGGAACCAGAUGACAUAGCAUCCUAUGCUUCUUCCACCUUUCAUCCGGAGGACAAUUUCUCAACAAUUUGCAUGUCUGUGGGAAAGAUUAAUUCAAGAGGCAUUUUUCAUGAUGACCCUCUCAAUUUCUCUCUCCCUCUCCUCCUGAUUCAGCUCUCUUUGGCUUCCCUCGUCAUUCUCUUCUCUUCCCGCCUUCUCAAGUAUCUCGGCCAACCUAGCAUGGUUCCACAAAUAUUAGGUGGCAUAAUUCUAGGUCCCUCUGUUCUGGGUCGAACAGGUGGAUUUACAGAGCACUUCUUUCCAUUGAGAGGAUUCAUAAUUCUUGACGCACUUGCGGCAUUUGGCUACAUAUUCUACUUCUUCUUGAUUGGAGUGCAGAUGGAUCCAUGGAUAGUGAAGAAAAUCGAGAAGAGGGAAAUCAUCAUCGGAGUUUCAACGGUGGCACUAGCUUUGGUACUUAGCAUCUCUUGGUCUUUCCUAGUAUUGGCUAAAAUCACCAUAGGGCUAGGAACUGCCGGGUCUCUUCCUGUUGUAGCAACCGCAGAGUCUGCACUCUCAUUCCCAAUGAUGGCUCAAUACCUCACCGAACAGAAGAUGAUAAAUUCAGAGUUUGGGCGAUUGGCAUUGUCUUGCUCAGUAGCAAGUAACCUUUUUAGUUUUUGUAUCAUCACAUUGACCAUUCUAACGAAUCAACAAUCUGGGGAAAGGUUCCAGAUGUUAAAGACCCUUUGCAGUGGUGUUGCCAUGGCAUUGGUCAUUUUUGGAGUGGUUAGGCCUAUGAUCAUGAGGAUGCUAAAAAGGAAAACAAAAGGAGAGUCGCUGACCGAGGAGUUCAUAUAUAUCAUAUUGGUAGGAGUCUUGGUGGCGGCGUUUGCCAGUCAAGCCCUUGGUCUGCACAUCGGCUAUGGACCUCUUCUUUACGGUUUGGCGCUACCUGCGGGACCGCCUUUGGGAUCAGCUGUCGUAGACAAGCUUGAACUUAUUAACUCUUGGUUGUUUAUGCCACUUUACUUUGUGAAAAAUGGGUUGGUGACGGAUAUUUUCUCGGUUGACUUCAAAAGCUACCUGGUCGUGCAAUACAUCAUCGCCAUCGCUUGGGUGGGGAAGUUCAUAGGAGCCCUUGUAUCUUCGGUCUACUGCAGUAUACCCUACAAGGAUGCCAUCUUACUUGGCCUUGUCAUGAAUGUCCAGGGUGUUCUUGAGCUCGGGAUGUAUAAGAUGAUGAAGCAAGCAAAGGCAAUAGACCAUGAAGCAUUUGUGGUCAUGUGCAUAUCCAUGCUAUUGCUAGUUUCCACUACAUCUCCCCUCGUAAGAUAUCUAUAUGAUCCUUCAAGGAGGUAUGCAGUCUACAAUCAGAGGACUGUGAUGCACUUGGGGGACAACUCUGAGCUCCGAGUAGUAGCCUGCAUACACGACCAAGAGAAUGUUCCCACCAUGAUCAGCCUUCUAGAAGCCAUCAAUCCAUCAAAACGAAGCCCAGUUGCAAUUUAUGCCCUCCAUUUGAUCGAGCUUGUCGGCCGAUCCAACCCCCUCCUAAUCCCCCACAAACUCUCCAAGAGGCCCUCUUCAAAUGCUUCCUCGUCAAAAAGCAUAGUCAAUGCAUUCAGACUCUUUGAGCAAAGCAACUCUGGCAUCGUCUCAGUGCACCCAUUUACCGCAAUAUCACCUUAUGUGACCAUGCAUGACGAAAUCUGCGCAAUGGCACUUGACAAAAAAGCUUCACUGAUAAUCCUUCCAUUCCAUGAAAGGUAUACUACUAUAGACGUAUGGGAGGCAUUCAAGAAAGGGGUCAAGAUAAUGAAUGAUAACAUCCUUGAUAUGGCACCUUGCUCUAUCGCAAUUAUUGUUGACCGUGGACUCCUUCACAACUCAAGGCCCAUGCUGGCAACUUGGUCUUCUUAUCGUGUGGCUAUCCUCUUCUUGGGUGGAGCAGAUGACAGGGAGGCGUUGGCUAUAGGGGCACGGAUGGCUGGACAGCCAAACAUCAAUGUCACGAUGGUUCGGCUUCUUGAGAAUGGGAGUAUUGCCAUUGACAAUUCAACGGAGAGGAAGUUGGACAAUGAAGUGGUGUGUAAGUUUAGACUCAAUAUGGCUGGUAAUUAUCGGGUCAAAUACAUAGAAGAGGUGGCAAAGGACGGAACAGGGACUGUUGCAGUGCUGCAGUCUAUGAAAAACAAUUACGAACUAAUCAUUGUGGGAAGACGCCACGAAAAGAAGUCCCCACUUGUAUUCGGUCUCACAGGGUUGGAUGAGGACAAAGAAUUGGGAGAAGUUGCGUACAUAUUGGCUUCAUCAGAUUUCCGUGGCAACAGCAGCAUAUUGGUGGUGCAACAGCACUCUAUAGUUUGGGAUGCAAAAGACUUCACUGCAGAUAUGUCUCGAGAAAUAGAGGACGAAGCAGAGCACCUUCCAAUGUACAGGGUAGCUGCAUAAUGUUACACCCAUGAGAGCAAACUGUGAGAAGUUUGAUAGACGUUAGUUGUUUUAUUAUAUUUAUAGCUUGUAGACGAAACUGCCACCAGAAUUGUAUAAAAGUAGCGUCUGUUAAUUUGAUUCUGUCAAACAUCUAAAGAGAUCGAGAUUCAGAUGAAUUUGCACUAGC